AUGCUCCCGCUGCUCCUCCUGCUCCUGCCCGCCGCCCACGGCAAAGUGGAGCAUUUGAACUACAUGCCGUUCCUGACCAAGAACCCCGUGCUGGAGGGACUGACGACCGGCUCCACCUUCGUGCUGGAGCAGCCCCGCUGCGUCUUCAAAAACGACAGCAAAGCCGACAUCUGGCUGGUGGUGGCUCUGGAAAACACCACAGCCACCUUCAACAACAGCAUUGCGCCGGGGACUGCCAAGAGAGCGUUCCAGAACUUCCCUCACAGCGCCCCCGCCUACAUGACCCUCAAUGCCACCCUCGCCAACUACCCUUGCCACAAACCCCCCGGGGAUAUCACGGUGCUGCGCGUUGGCAGCGAGACCAGCUGCAUCCGGGAUGAACGGAGACCCACCUGCAAUGGCCCCCUGCCCGGCCCCGGGCCCUACGUGGUGAAGUUCCUCGCCCUGGAGGGCUCCGAGCCCGUGGCUGAGACAUCCUGGUCACAGCCCAUCAUGCUGAGGACAGCCAAGUCACCCAACAGCAUCUCCACGACGGACGGAGGGCACAGCGCCGGCAUGAUCGCCCUCACCACCAUCCUCUCCAUCCUCUUCGCCAUCCUCCUGGCCGGCCUGGUGGCCAUGCUCGUCUUCUGGGGCUCAGACACCUGCGGCGGCAGCAGCACCUUCAGCAAGCCGGAGGCGGUGUCGGUGCGGCGGUACAACACCCACCACGUCUACGACCAGCCGGCCGCCCGGCUCUGA